AUGCGGUUCUCUGUUGUACUCUCCGUCAUUGCAGCUCUCAGGCCUGUUGUUGCCACUCAUGGCUGCGGAAGUUCCCCCCAUGACUCCUUUGAUGCCGAGAUAGGGAGAUUGAGGCGCGAGGAGGGUGACUCUGGCCACAAGGAUUUUCAUGGUUCCAGCACCCCUCACGUUACCAUUGACACCUACGUCCACUUCGUCUUCGGAGAUGGACAGGGCAAACUAAGUAAUAUCUACUUUGAGAGGCAAAUCGAGGUUUUGAAUGAGCGCUUUGCACCAGCCGGAUUCAGUUUCAGGCUCCUGGAAACUACACGGACCAAGAACAAUGAGUGGGUUAAGCAAGCUUACACUGAUAGGAGCAUGGUGUCUGCGCUCCGACAGGGCGACUACGCUACCCUUAAUCUUUUCUACAUCACUGAGUAUGUUGAUGAUAUUAUUGGCGUAUGUUUCCUUUAUCCCAAGGAAGACCCAGACAAGAUUGAUAUUGUGUACGACGGAUGUUCCAUUUGGACUGGUACCCUCCCUGGUACCGAAGAACCAGAACUCAACAUGGGUAUGACCACCGUCCACGAAGUUGGCCACUUCUUGGGGCUCAAACACCCCUUUUCUAACCCCGAAGCGGGAGGCUGCGACGAAGAUGCUGACGGGAUUGAUGACACUCCCCGACAGGCCAAUGCCACUAGUGGCUGCCCGGAAUCCAAGGACACCUGCCCCGAAUAUUCGGGUAAAGACAACAUCCACAACUAUAUGGACUACAGUGAUGAUUCCUGCAUGGACACGUUUACUCCUGGCCAGAUACAUCGAAUGCACAUGAUAUGGCAACAUUGGCGUCGUCCACAGAGGAUGAGGUCCAAAUGA